GUUGAUAUAUGCAAAAUUAUUGUCAAGAGGACAUUUGACAGAGUUUGACUUUCAAUUGAUUGGAUUUAGGAGUCGCAAAUUGUUUAAUUAAAAACAAAAUGUCUUUAGUAAAAUUAUUUUCACUGUCCACUCGAGUACGAACGUCUGGUGCUAGUGGUAUGCUAGUUCGUCAUGCCAGCUCUAGUCAAGAAGGCAAAACUGAUAAAGUAUACCCACCUAAUGUUCCUGGCUUUAAAUAUGUCAAUGCUGAAGAUCCAGACAUGAGUUUCAAAGAAAUGUCCAAUAGAGCUGCACAGACAUUAUUUUGGACAGAACUAGCACGAGGAUUUGCUGUUACUUUAGCUCAUAUUUUCAAGGAGCCAGCGACUAUCAAUUAUCCAUUUGAAAAGGGACCUCUGUCACCCCGAUUCAGGGGAGAGCAUGCUUUGCGCCGUUAUCCCUCUGGUGAGGAAAGAUGCAUUGCCUGCAAAUUAUGUGAAGCAAUUUGUCCGGCUCAGGCAAUUACAAUUGAAGCAGAGGAACGUAAAGAUGGUUCUCGUCGGACUACAAGAUACGAUAUUGAUAUGACGAAAUGUAUUUACUGUGGUUUCUGUCAGGAGGCAUGCCCAGUAGACGCUAUUGUAGAGGGUCCCAACUUCGAGUUCUCGACAGAAACUCACGAGGAACUACUUUACAACAAAGAGAAGUUGCUUUCGAACGGUGACAAAUGGGAGAGUGAGAUCGCAUCCAACAUCAGAGCAGAUCAUCUGUACCGUUAAACAACACUCGCUCUUAGUUUAAAGUUAUAAGGUUCAAUAUUGCAAGUCAGACAUGCGAAUUUGAACCUUAAAUAGGAUUAUUAAAUUAUGUGAUAAAUAAAUAAUCAACAUCUCG